UUCACAUGUUGAUAAUCUAUGGUGUGAUAAAGGUUGAUUAGAGAACCGAAUCGCGCAAAACUGCGCGAGAAGAGUGAUGCGCAAAAAGUGUAUUUCGAUGUGAUGUUUCGCUGUAACGAGACAAUUUUUAAAUACUGAUAAAAAAACCACACAAUUGCUUGACUGAAUAGACUUUUCUAUUUAUACUGUCAAAUAAACCAUCUGCUAAAACAUGAAAUGAUAGUAAAACUUAUUGUUUGAGAUGUAAUAUUACACAUUACAAACAAAUCAUGAGGAUAAUGCCGAUACAGGCACCACAGUGGACUGAAUUCCUGUCAUGUCCAAUCUGCUGUCAUGACUUUGACACAACCAUACGGAGUCCUAUAUCGCUCGGUUGUGGUCAUACAAUAUGUCGCGCUUGUCUCGCCAAUCUGCAUCGCAAGCAGUGCCCUUUCGAUCAGAGUGUUAUCAACACGGAUGUCGAGAGAUUACCAGUAAACGAAGCACUGUUGCAAUUGUUAGGCAAUCCGAUUUCUACUGUUGUUUCAUCAGCAUCCGUGACAAAUCAGCAGCAGAAUUAUCAGAAGUUGUUGCCGAUUGAUCAACAUACCAACUAUCUGCGGGCCAAGAGUUGCAUCGAGGAGCUCGCACUUUACCUCAAACCAUGCCAGACCACUAGCACUGCAGGUAUUGGAGGCGGGGGCGGAGGGCUAGUGUCCCGACCAAUGCAACGUAAACUGGUGACACUGCUAGGCUGUCAGUUAGUGGAACCAGAGGGUAGAGCGCGCGCUCUGCGCGCUGCCCGCAGCCUCGGCGAACGCACUGUUACCGAACUCAUACUACAGCAUCAAAACCCUCAACAGCUUAGUGCCAAUCUCUGGGCGGCUGUGCGUGCUCGCGGUUGCCAAUUUCUUGGACCAGCAAUGCAAGAAGAGGUACUGAAGCUUGUGCUGUUAGCAUUGGAGGAUGGUUCAGCACUAUCGCGCAAAGUAUUAGUGAUGUUUGUGGUACAGCGUUUGGAACCACACUUUCCACAAGCCAGCAAGACUAGCAUUGGCCAUGUGGUGCAGCUUUUGUAUCGGGCGAGUUGUUUUAAGGUGUCGAAACGGGAGGGUGAUUCAUCGCUGAUGCAAUUAAAGGAAGAGUUUCGAACUUACGAGGCUUUGAGACGCGAGCAUGAUGCGCAAAUUGUACAGAUCGCCACAGAAGCGGGACUGCGCAUUGCACCCGACCAAUGGUCGGCUCUGCUCUAUGGCGAUACCGCACAUAAAUCUCAUAUGCAAAGCAUCAUUGACAAAUUGCAGACACCACAGUCGUUUGCCCAGAGUGUCCAAGAACUUGUGAUAGCAUUGCAACGUACUCCAGAUCCUGGGCAAUUGAGUGGUCUCAGACCACAGUUGGAAUUGUUGGCCGCCAUUGAUCCCAGUCCAGAAACGGAACCACCAAGCUUGGCCGAGUGUCGGGCGGCUCUAGAGGCCGUAAGAAUAGUUGUAGCUGCAUUGGUGGAGUUUGUGCGACAGCACGGAGGCGGCAGUGCCAGUAGCGGAAAUCGAAAAUCAGCGGCACAGGAUAGCGGAGGCGGCGGGUCUGGCGGGGGUCUGUGUCCGGGUUCGGCAACUGGCAAGUACAAAGUCAGCAUGUGCAGAGAUUUGGCCCUUCGCGGCACUUGUCCGCGAUCUAACAAUUGUACAUUCGCCCAUAGCGACACCGAACUUGAUAAGUACAGAUCGAAGAAUCGCAAAUUGAGUGUCAGAACAAGUUCGAACCAGGUAGAAUCAAAGAGUGAGAAGAAUAACAAGACCUUUAAUAAACAGAAUGGCGAUUCAACGGCUUAUCAUUCUGCCAAAACACAUGAUAGAGAAACGGCCGUGCAGCAUCCGACGCCCAUUCCGACCAACUUAGAAAGUAACUUGAUCGAUUCAUUUACAUCGACCUACAUGUUGCCAUCUGCAUCUCCGCAAAACUUACCGCAUCUCGGUCUGUGCUCUGUGAAAGGAGGAGCCAUGGUAGACGGCGGGGGAUCUCCUGCCAUCCAAUGUGCAGGGCAUUACAUAAUGUCACCAGGAUCCGUCGCCACUGUCGAUUACGGGCCUUCCCCGACGACCACGACAAAUCUCGGGAUGUGGGACACUCCGCAAAUCGUACCGGCAAAUCAUGUAACAAACGACAAAAAACAACGAACGGCGAAAACUAUGUUGGCAAUGCUACUGCAACGUAGGAUGGAGAUUCUAAAUCAGCUGGAAACAAUUAUUGGCAAACAGCAGCAGCAGCAGCAGCAACUAAUCUCACCGCAAAUGAAAACGAAUUAUGAUCUUCGGCAGGAAGGCGACAUGUCGUUGACUACGUCUAAUAAUUUCUCGAUAUGGGCCGCCGCGAACAGCCUUCGUUGUUCUUCUGGAACAGACUCGCCACCCUCGGCUUCGCAUCUAUUUGACGAUGAUACGCCCUUUGUGCCCUUGUUGGAUAUGCCUCCCACAGCCUCUUUGCCACCAUCCAGCAAACAGGGAUCUAUCUCGAGACUAUCCAAAACUCUGAUAAGAGCUCCCUGUAAUGGACCUCUGCAACACUUUGCAAGUUUCUACAACGAAGGGAUUGGACCUAGCUCUGCGCAGUCCGCUGCAUUCAGGACUCCAAACUCUGUAACUUCCAUGUAUUAUGGCAAUCAACCAUACGUGACAAUUGGCGCGAAUGGUGGUAUACAGUCCAUGACGCCGACAAACCCCGGCGAUGGCGGUGGCGGCAGCGGUUUCAUGAGUGAAAAUUACAUCACUCUCGGUCGCAAUAUCGUUGCACCAGAAUCGCUACCGCAAUUUUCGAGAUCGGAAUAUAUGUCGAAAGAUUUGAUCCUUGAAUCGCAGAAGGUAAAACAGCAACUCAGACAUCUCGAGAAGAAACUUAAUGACUUAAAGUUGGCGACGCAAGGAGCUACUACUUUUUUCACGGCAGGCGAACGACUGGCACAAGAAUUGCAGAUGAUUGAAGCGGGUAUCAGCAUGCAAAAUUGGAGCUGCAAUCCAUAUGGUACUGGUACUAGCACCACUACGUUUCCAUGGAUCCAGCAAUCCUCAAAUGAUUGGCUGUCAAAUCAGGAAUACAAUCAGGAUUAUAAAAUUGAGGAAGAGGAUACGUACGAAGCGGGAAUCGCGAACGACAUGCGGGAGCUGGAAUUGCGAUGGGAAUUCGAGUUGCGAGAGCAGGAGAAACAUUGGUCCAGUGGAGGUGAGGAGGAUACUAUUACCACCACUACAACCACUACCACCACUUCCAAGAAUAAAUAAUAUUUAUUUAUUCUACUCUAUAACAUUAUAUAAUCUCUCCUCUUUUUUCCUAUUGACAUUUUUUUCCUCACGUUCAUCUCUCCGGAAACAUGUAUUUUUGCAUGUCUAAAUCGAUCUCCGUUUAUAUCUCCGUAAACUAAUAUUGAUAGAAAAUAAGAAUUUCUUCAAUUCGUGAAGGGAUAUAUAAAGUACGCGCAGAGAUCUGCGAGAAUCUAAACCUCUUCAUAUAUUUUUAUUUCAAUUAAUUUACAAUACCAUAUAUGAUAAAAAUAUGGAAAUUAUAUAAUUUCCAAUAAUUUCACAUAUAAUUUCCAAAUUAAUAAUCGUCAAUUAUAUAUACACAUGUUAAGCACAUAAAUUUUUGAUUGUUGAGAUUAAGCAAGAUUCGAGAAGUCAUAUUCGAAUGUAUGGCUGCGCGCAAUCAAAAGAAAAUGCCAAAAUUGAUUAAAUUCAUAUCGUUUAUUCAGCCAAAUAACUUAAUAUAUUUUCUAUUUUUUCAAUUAGAUCUUUUAAAAAGAAAUCUCUUUCAUCUACAUCUUGGACCUAUCUUUUCUUUCUGGUUUAGGGAAGACAUAAAAAGAUAAGGUAAUAAGAUUAACGAAGGAGAAAUUUAUGGGGUUUGUUAAAAUUUAGCAAUAAUAUGUAGUCAGUGUUUUAUAAACAAUGACUCGGUGGAAUAUGAAAACGUGUAGACAAAUAUAUUAGAUAAUAUAUUUAAUUAUAUACGGAUCGUAUACUCUCCAUCGAUGAUACGAUAUUAUAUGCAAAUAUAAUAAACAAUACAUUCGAAAAGAAUGCUGACUGCGCUUGACCUGAUCGACAAGGUUACAUUAUCUCUUGCAAUGAUGAUAAUAAUAACAACGCGUUAUUAUAUAUUACAUGCUUAUACAUAUAUUGUAGAUAUAUUAUAUACUACAAAAGAAACCGCGUUCCUUUGGAGGACGUUCUAUUUAUAGAAUUUCUAUAUUCCGAAAAGAGAUGGAAAGAGAAACGAAACCACCCUACCUCGAUAUAUUGACGACGGCUCCUUCUAUAUAACCAUUUUAUUUCAAAACAUAAUUAAUUUUUAUAAUCAAGUCUGAAAUCUCCAGAAGCGCGCGAAUAAAUUUGUGUUUAUUAUUAAAAAAUUAAUAAAGCCUGAAAUAUAUUUAAUAUAAUCAUAAUUAUAUAUAUACAUGACAAGAGAUUAAUCUGUUUCAAAUUUCCGCGUAUAAUAUAGACACAUAGAUCUUUUUAUAUAUUUAUUAUUAAAAUUAUUUGUAACAUUUUAUAUUUCGGGAAAGGAGGGAGGGGAGUGUGCGAAUUGAGGAGCCGUCUCGAAAGAGGAGAGUCUCGUUAUCUUUUUUAGUAAAUCGUUGCAUCCAAAUAGUCUCUUUUUGUCUAUUUUUACGGAAUAACAAAGAGCGAUAAAAGAACAGUUCCAGUUUUAGUGGAAGCAACAUUUUUUUUUAUAUAUAUAUAUAGAUGAGAUCUCUUAUCGACUUUAUCUUCUAAGCUUUCAGAACGAACUAUAUGUUCGAAUAGAAGUUAUCGCUUUUUCUUUUUUUUUCUAUUAAAAGAAUUAUCGAUAAUUCGAGUUACUUUUUUUUUAGCGGUAGUAUAUAUGCAUACAUACAUAUGCAUACACGAGGACAGGAAUACCACCUUAACACAUGAAUUUAUGCACAUAUCGGAGCAUAUAUGCAUUUUCCAUAUAUGCCCUGACAUGUAUUUAAAUUCAUUGUUAAAGCAUUUCUGUUGCCGAGUAUACAUAUGUUUAUAUAGCAUAAAAUUAAUGCGUUUUGUGUUCUUUUAUAAAUUAUUGGAUUAUUAAUUGAGUUACUAUUCUUC